AGUAAAUCUAAGCUCCACACGUCCAAUUUUCACCCUAGUAGUUACGCUUUCGUAAGAUAAAUAUUUGGUGAUGCAUCUUAUAAUUAGGUGUAUAUGCCUUCGAUUUGCUGCAGGCCAGUGGAAAAGACGAAAUAGGUGCAAUCUUAUUCACUAUACAUGAUCUGGCGCACCACUUCAUGAAAAGGUUCUCAAAAAAUUUAAGCUACCGUCUAGCCACCAGUCCUCAUGGAAAACUUGAUCAUAUGUAUGAUAUGUAUCUAAGGUCACUACAUUGUGUCGGUUGUAGCAAAGUGGAGUUUAAAGAUGACUCAUUUUCACGCAAGAAGUACCUACGUGUUCUGGAACUAAAGGAGAGCUCCGUGCAGAAGCUACCGGACUCCAUCUGUCAACUGAGGCACUUGGGCUAUCUUAAGAUAUCAGAAUUCACUGGACUGAUAACUCUGCCAGAGUCCUUUGGGCUUCUGAAAAAUCUGUUCCAUAUUGACUUAUCAGGCUGCUCCAGGCUUGCAGCUCUUCCAGAAUCAUUUGGAGAUCUCAUAAACUUGAUACAUGUCAACCUAUCACGAUGCCAUGGACUGGCACAGCUUCCAGAACCGCUCCAGAAGCUUGGCAAACUGGUACACCUGGAUUUAUCAUUCUGGUCUUGUUUUGAAGGGAUUGGAGAACGCCUUGGUGACCUCAUCACUCUGGAGCAUUUGAACGUAUCAAACCCUUGCUGUCAUCUUGCUCAACAACGGAUUCAUCUACAAGGGCUAAAAGAUGGUUUGUGCAAGCUUACCAACCUCCGGUAUCUGAACUUGUCAGCGUGCCUGAAUCCUAUCUUUUACUACCACCAGUCACAAGAGGACAGUCUCAAAUUCCUUGGAGAAUGUGUCAGCGGUCUUUCCAGCCUAGAACAUUUGGACUUGUCUCAUCACACAUUUCUAUUUGGUCUACCUGCGAGUCUAGGUGAGCUCAACAAGCUAAAAACACUGAAUCUCUCAGGCUGCAUCAGACUCAAGAAGGUUGGUGAAAUGAAGUCUCUCAAAUUUAUGAAUCUGAGGAAGUGUCGGGGCCUAGAGAGUUGCGAGUUUGUCGUUCGCAUUGUCGAUGAUGAUGAUGUGUAUAGCAGCAGCAACAUUGUUCAGCUGGAGGAGGUAAAUUGCCAAGAGCUCCAGAUAAGCUGCCUAGAAAAGGUCAAGUCUAAAGAGGAAGCACAGAGAAUCAAUUUGGCGGAGAAACAAAAUCUUGAAAAGUUGAAGUUUUCUUGGACUUUGGACUCUGUCAGACGAGUGGAGGACAGUGCUUUGUUGCGGGAAUUCGUCCCACCACCUAACCUGCAGUGCCUUGAGGUUAAUGGUUACACCGGCAGUAACCUCCCGGAGUACUUGGAUGAACUCACUUCUCUCCAGGAACUGAAGAUCGUCCACUGCAAGCACCUCAACUCGUUGCCGGAUGUUUUACAGAAACUCACCAGCCUCAAGAAUCUGUGUGUUUUUGACUGUCCAGAAUUGGAGAAGUGGUAUGAGGUUGAGGAGAAUAAGAAAAUGCUGGCGCACAUCCCCAACAAAAGUUAUGAGAAACCUGCUAGUACUAGCAGGCAGGUGAUUGUGGAGGAUGAAACAUCGGGCAACGAGGUGGAGGCGGCAUAGGAAGAUGCCACGACAACGGAUUGUGCUUGUUGUGAUGAAAAAAAAUUCGCAGCAGAAUGGACUGCCAUCUGAUUACCAGCUAUUUUUGCAAAGUGUGUUCGCCUGCAGACUCUUUCAGGCAGCAAGACAUGAUGAUUUGUUUUCGCACAGUUUACUUUCCACGUUCCCUAUAAUUUAAUCCUUUAAUCUGAGAUAUUGAGCGUGCUUUAUAUGCUGUAUCUUGCCAUAUUUGUCACAACUACUAGGCAUGUACUGUUAAAUUCGGUCUUGUAAUAAUAUUUCAGGUCAGAACACACUGGUUCAGGUAAUAACGGUUCUUUCCAUGGGCGAUC